AUGACAACUGUGGAAAUAAAAAAAGUGGAGCGGAAAUGCACUAUUUUUGGCCGUGCAACCUUUUCCGGUCCUCUUUCCAGCUUCCCGUGCAAAAUGACUAAGAAGAGAAGGAAUAACGGUCGUGCCAAGAAGGGCCGUGGGCACGUGCAGCCCAUCCGCUGCACCAACUGUGCCCGCUGUGUGCCCAAGGACAAGGCCAUCAAGAAGUUUGUCAUCAGGAACAUCGUGGAGGCUGCGGCCGUGAGGGACAUCUCUGAGGCCAGCGUCUUUGACUCGUACGUUCUGCCCAAGCUCUACGUGAAGCUGCACUACUGUGUCAGCUGCGCCAUCCACAGCAAAGUGGUGAGGAACCGCUCCUGUGAGGCCAGGAAAGAUCGCACACCGCCACCCAGGUUCAGGCCCAACGCCGGUGCCCCGAGAGCUCCUCCUAAGCCCAUGUAAAUCACACGCUUUAUGUUUGAGGAAUAAACUUUACCAACAUGGUCAAA